AGCAAGUUUAUUUUUCUUGGUUGGCCACAGAAAAACGUGUUCGUGUUUGGUAUAAAAGGUUGGAAUUUGUGGGAGUCUUAUUUUAUCUCUACUCGUUUCAUUGAGAAACAUUCCCUCAAAAAGAGAAGAACUAAAUCCUAUGUCGUUAUAGCUGGUCUUGCUUGGCGAGAAGAAUGAGCAACCCGCAACGUAAUCAGCAUGCUCGAAACGGUGAUCAAUCCGGGAUGCAAGAUCAUGUCUCAAUCUACGUCCAGAAUAUUCUUCACGGCGUGCCUACAGCCCGGCCAGAGCAUAGUAUAUUUAGGGUUCGUCAUCAACUGCGCGGAGUAAACGAGAAAGCCUAUGAGCCGGAGAUUCUUGCCAUCGGCCCUUAUCACAGUGGAAAUGACAAGUUCAAAUUUAUGGAGGAGCAAAAACUGCGGUAUGUGAAGCGGUUGCUUUGGAGGAGAAGAGAGGGGAGCGUCGACAAGUACAUGCCAGCUCUAAGAAGUAUGGAACAGUGGGCGCGUGAUUGCUACGCGGAAGCCGUCGACCUCUCCCAAGAAAACUUCCUAGCGAUGAUGCUCAUUGAUGGUCUUUUCCUCGUCGAGUUGUUCCGUAAGAAUAGUAUAAAGGAACUGAGAGACGAGGACGACCCUGUUAUGAAAGAAGAUUGGAUCCGAUUCUGCCUCCCGCGCGAUUUAGUGCUGCUCGAAAACCAAAUCCCCUUUCUCAUCUUGGAAGAACUGUAUGGCCUCACUAAGGGUCCGGAAGAGCAUUCCGAGCUCAUCGACGUUGCCACCAGGUAUUUGAAUUUCGUACCAAGUGACUCAAAUCGCGGGAUGCUUCGCGAGAGCAAACAUCUUCUGCAUCUAAUGCACACAUGUUUGACUGGCUUGCCUCGUCGGCAUCGGCUAAACCCCAGAACCAAGCCGAUGACAGAGAAAUUCAUGUCCCCUGCGGAGCUCAGGGAGUUCGGAGUCAGGUUUAGGGUGAAGAAAAGUCCCGACCUGUUAGAUAUCACAUUCAAGGACGGGACGCUCGAGAUACCUGUAUUGACUGUACAGGACCACACCGAGUCGCAGCUUCGAAACCUAAUCGCGUACGAGCAGCACCGUCCAAGCGGGGAAGUCAACUACAUGACAGAUUACGUGACGUUCAUGGAUUGCCUCAUAGACUCUUCAAAGGACGUCGAGCUGCUCCGGGCUGCGGGGAUUAUCAAGAACUACAUGGGCGAUGACGAGGCAGUUGCGCAGAUGUUUAACGAGAUGGGCGACUAUGUCACCCUGUCCAACUUCUACUACGAUGAUAUCUUCCGCAGACUGAAUGCGCACUGCAAAAAGAGGUGGAAUCGUAGUAUGGCGAAACUGAGGAGGGAACAUCUGCAUAGUCCUUGGGCAUUGUUGUCCAUUUCCGCAGCCACCAUGCUGCUCCUUCUCACUGUCGCACAAACAGUGCUUACUUAUCUUGCUUACAGAAAUGAGGGCAAAAAAGGGUGAUCGAUGUUUUGUUUGAAUUUUUCCCUUGGAACAAUUGCUUGUGUUCUAUAGCCACUAGUAUUGUCUUGGUUUUCCAAUGAGGACUUUCCACGUGUU